AUUCGACGUUGAUGUGCAUUGUGAUGUACAUCGGGCGCACUGCAAUAAAACGCGUAAACACUGAAUAGCGGAUAAAUCACAAAGAUACAAUAAAUAACAAUAUUGUUGUAUCGUUUGCUAAGCGUAUCCGUAUAUAGUCAGUGUCGCCUUUCAACAGAACUCGUUUUAGGAGCAAGUGUUUUUUUCAUUCCUGUUGAAAAAUUACUGCUUCGAAUACGUCAUUUGAUUUUGAAUAUAGGUAUUUUUAAUUCUGUGAUGUAUGUGUUAAUGUGAAUAGUUAUAAAAUUUGUUGAAAAAUCCACCACAAUGCCGACGAGUGCCGUAUACCAACCUACCACUGUAACCUAUGAGCAGCAACCAACAGAUCAGCGAUGGAAUUGCCCAAUCAGCUACUUCUCACGGAGAGUGACAAGUACCCUGAACCGGGCUCUCUGUAUAAGGCUGGCGCUAUGUCUACUGGGAAGCACACUCUUUAUUAUUGGCCUAGCUCUGCUAAUUGCUGGUGGCUUGCAGUACUCCAAUUCACCAGUGCAAGAAACGGAUAACGGUCUCGGUGCCCUCAUUGCUGGUGGUGUCAUUCUUUGCAUCGGAUGCUUGUUUGCAGGCGUAGGUGGUUGGGCCUGGUCGGCUCGCUGGGGCGGCGGCAAGGAGGCUCCUGCGAGCGGGGCGGCCGCUCUCACGGCUCUCAACCCGUCGACUGACCCGCUGGUCGCCGCGCAGUACGCCCCCGUGCGGGACGCGCCGCCGGCUCCUGAUGAUGAGAUGCGGAACCUCAUGGACAAUAAGGAGUGUUUGAGCAGCGCCGAAGAGAGUGAUAAAAUGUUCGACGGAAGACCAUCAGUGGCUUAAAUCACUGAGCUUUCUUGUAGAAAAGCCCUGUUUAAGUUCUCCCCCUCUAUUAAGACUUAUUUUUAUUAUGACGUCUAAAUGUUCCCUCACAUUAUUUCCUAAAGGGACAAUUUUACUUUCUUUGACAUUUUUAAUAAUGCAUACUUUAGCGAUAGAGCAUUAUCGCGUAAUCGAUAUUUCCAAAUAAGACUUAUAUCUCUGAAAUCCAUAUUUUAAGAUAAAUAAUUUUAUAUUUAUUGUAUUUGUGUUUGAUAAAGAAUUUAUGUUGGUAGGUUACGUCACAGGUGUUCAAAAAGCAUAAAACCAUUAUUUAUUUUUAAACAUUUAUGGUUUGAACGCAUUCUCUGGUACAAAGUGAACAAGAUGUUGACAUUUAUUGUAAUAGAAUAUGUUUUAUAGUUUUAUUUUAUAUUUUGUUUUCUAUAUACACUCGUUCUGUAUGUAUCAUCCCAUGUAUAAUUUCAUAACACUUGAUACAUGUUAAGAUAGUAUUCGUGAUCGAAGACAUGUGGCCAAAUUAUCGUCCAUAUAUUUAGAUAAGAUAAAAUGUUUUUCCUUAAUAUUAAUAUUAGCAUUUCUUGUCUAGAUGUUAAGAAAUAAUUGUAAUAAACUUUGAAGGUCACUAUUUAAAAUGGACAUUGUAACGAAUAUUCUUGGUAAAAAGUAUUACAUGAUUAUGUGUGAAUAUUUAAUAAUUGUAUUUACUGUAGUUAAAAUCAUCGGCGUACGUUAUUUUCCUACACUUGUAUCGUGUUUAAGUAGACAGUAAGACAUUAAGCGCGUCACACACGGUGAAGAUACUAUAAUAUUUUAUGUUAAGAUACUCUAAUAUAAAACGUUAUAGUAUCAUAAGGUACCCACAAAAUUUCG